CGGUCCCGGCUUGUUGCCACUUCAGUCCUUCGCUGUCGUGAUGCUCGUGUGAUGGGGUGAUGUGUCACACACCUCGCCGACAAGGCACAAAGGCUACUGUUUUGGUUGGUUGAAUAUAACGCAUGGUGUUAUUUCAUUUGUAAGUGUGUCUAAACUACAACCGUGUGGCAAGCUAAUGCUAAUGUUCAUAAGGUUGCUCGAGAGUUAGCUAAGUUAGCUAGCAAUCUUCUCGACACGACUCCGCGACAAGUCACAAUUUAGCGUCUUCGCUUUCACGCAGUCCAGCUGACAUGGCACACAGGAAAGAAGUAUUCCAGUCCAAGGUACUCCAGAAGCUUUACCCUGCAGCCCCUAAAUUGGAGAAGAAACUCUCCCCAUCAUGCAUACUAGCAGAUGCUUUGGUAAAGAAAAAACAAGUGAAAAGAAAAACUCAGCAGGAUAUUCCUCACAGUAAUGCAACAAUGACACCAAGUGCAGCCAUUCGAAGAAGAAAAAUGUACACGGUUCUACCUCCUCCUGAAGACUUUGAUGCAGAUUCGGUGAAAUGUGUUACAUUAUCAAAGCUUGAGAGCACACAGGGUGGGGAGGGCCCAUCUGAACAUGACAUACAGGAGUGCAGUCAAGAGCUUGACCAAGAGGUCGAAGCAAAUGACCAGAAAAGAAGAAGGAAGAGAAGGAAAGGGAGACUAAACCUUCAUGUGGAUAAAGACGGAACAAGUUCAACAAUAGUGUCGAGUUUUGUUCAGAUUGGGACGCUGAUGGAUGAGGAAGGAGUGCGCAUGAGCCGGAACAAGAAAAGGAAACUGAAGAAGAAACGGCACAAAGAGAAAAUGCUCUCAAUGGGUUUGAUGCCUCGAGCUUCUGCCCUGGAGUUCACAUACCAAAGAGAAAAUGAGGAAGAUGAGGAGGAGAAGGAAGAAGAAGAUGGGAUGAGAGCUCCUGAGGUGGCAGAUUUCCUCAGGACCACAAUGGAAAUCUAUAAGUCAGACUCUUUCCUGCACGGGAAGAAGCUUCCUCACCUGCCUGGUGUGUUGGAGGAUCUUUUGAACGGCAUCGCCAGCGGAAGCAAGCCCACCUCUCUCUUGAAUCAUCUUCACAUUCUCAAGCGAUGUAUUCAACACAAGGACACAAACAGACUGGGAAAGGCACUGCAGGACCUCAACAACAGUACCCUGAUGUCCGCAGAGGAAACAACUGCGGUUGCCACAUUGUUCCGUUACUGGAUGACAGACAUUCUUCCCAUGAAUGGAGGCAAUGAUACUGAACUCUCUGAGAAGCUCAGUCAUACACCAACACCGUGUCAGGAUUAACUAUGUUAGUUUCAUAUCGCCACGCGAAUAACAACUGCCUGACUACAUUUUUUUUACCAGUUAGAUUUUCUUGGGGGAUGACUCUCCAUAGUCAAGUGCAGAUGUUGCAGACAAAAUUAUAUUGGAGUGUUCAUAUAAAAAAAAUGUGUCUCUGUGAUUCGAUGUGAAUGUUUUGUCUUUGUUUAAUUUGUGGAAUUUUCUCCCUCUCUUACAAGAAUGAAACAAAGCUUUUUGUUCACCUCAAUUGGUUGUAUUGAUCUGUUAUUUACCUCAUUGUUGUUUUUUCUAUGCUGUUCAAAUUAAUGGAACUUUCUAACACUUGUCUGUCUUGUCUUACCCCCAAUUACCAGCAAGGCAAAUGUCAGCACUGCUGGAAGUCAGUUAGUUGCUGUCAUGACAUUUAAAACUGGCAAACUUAUCAACUAUACCAACUGUCUGUUGCAUUCAUUUCAAAAGACUGUCUUUGCUCAUUCAGCUCCACUCAAAGGAAUAAUUUGGAAUAAAUAACUAAUUUAGCAACUUUUGUGACACAAAGACUUGUUGCCGUGAUCUAACUUUAUACUAAAUAUAGAAACACAGCAUGUUGGAUGCAUGUUGCGCUUUGAGCACCCGCGCCCCCUGGGGAGCCUGACGCCAGUUGUAUUCUAUUCUGGUGCGUUUACCCAAAGCUUGUUGCCAAGGGAGGAGUUCAUGAUAAGGGCAGAGCAUUAACAUGACUGGAAAGUGUUAUUGUGUCGUGUUGACUCAGAGCUGGUGUCAUCCAAAAUCGAAGAACUUGCUCUGCGGCAAACUGAAUGAUCUGUUUGUGUCUAUAAACUGGGAGCUAUACUGUAAUUAUAUGAUCACCUGUUGAAGUUAGGAGUUUGAUUACAAAAAGAAAAACAAUCGUUCCAAGGUUAAUAUAUAAAGUAAUGUGCACUGUAUUGCCUGAAUUAAGUGCAGAUGAUUUGAUCGCCAACAAUUUAGCUAGAACUGUGGCUCUCACAGAUUGGUGGUACCCAUGUGGCACACAGGUGGGCACAAUCAGCCCAUUAUAAUUACUCCUGAUCUCUACUUGUGAUUUGCAAAAAAACCCACAAAUGUGCCAAGGGGUCAAUUUCAGUAACAGCAGGACAGGUCACAGGGGGUCGCGCCAACCCACUAAGUUGAUUUCUAAAAACGAAUUGUUGUUUGUUUUUUUUUACAUUUUUUUAAAUCAUAGACGUUAUUUUGUGUUCAGAAAUACUUGUUACGUGUUGAACUGUUGAGCACUCAGACUUACCAAAAAAAAUCUGGCUGUGGCUGAACAAUUUCUCUUUAUAUCGGCUAAAUUGACAUGCCAACAUUCAAUAUAUGAAUACCUCAAAAUCAACGAAAGUGCAUGUGGCAUUCAAUUUUAAGCUUGCCUUCUAAUGCAACGCAAAGGCCAGCCAAUCCCGGCCGUGAUACGUCAGCUCAAGCCAACCGAUGACAAAUGUCUCCUGGCUGAAAUCUUUGCAUGCUGUGAUUGUCUGUGAGGUGUAAUCGUGUAUGCGCCACAAAACUCACAACGGGGUGACAAUUGCCCCAUCACCUGAAUCCCGUCAGCAUUGUAUGCCAUUGAAUAUGUAUGAUGUUAUCGUGACAUCGGUUCCCACAUUAAGCCUUAAUGAAUUGAAGAAUAUACUGUGCAUUCCUCUCUAAAGUCCUGCUGUAGGUUUAACACGUGAAUUGAUAGGUCUGUGCGUCUGCAUGAAUUGAGUGAAAUACAGGCCUUGACUUUUUAUUUAUUUAUUUUUAAUCUCAAGAGAAUUUUGUAAGACAUUUUGUAGAUCUCCCUCUCAAAAAUACUGGCGCCUUCUGUUUACUUACGGUAGGAUCUGUCUUGGUUGUGUUUACUUCUUAGUCCCCCGCAUGCCAAGUCUUGUAAUCUCAUUAGAGCACCAACUGCCAAAGCCUGUUAUAAAAGGAGACAUUAUCAGGGUAGACAAGCCUGCUUUGAACUCGACAGGCUGAAGUGAUCGCACACACCGGGGUACAGGUUCUGUUGACGGGUUUCCCCUCCUGGGAGUCCAGGACGGGGAACUGCAGAAACCCGACCCGGUUUGUUCAGUCAUCAACAGCACUGGCAAAAUGUUUUUCAGACUCCCAAUACUGACUCCAGGCUACAUCAGGUUGCUGCAGACCCAGGCCUACCACAAUGUGUGUGCGCUGCGUCCACCCGAGAAGACCAUGCCUGGCAUGGCUAUGCUUCUCGGGGCCGUGGGGAUCGGGAUGUGCGGGUACAGCUCCAGGCAACUGGCUCUCAACCAUCGACCUUCCAGCCGUGUGCUGCAGAGUCUUGGCUCGCGUACCGAUGCUAUCACGGCAGGCGCAGCGGCGCUCAGGAGCCCCUUCCUGGAUGCUACCCGCAAGUCUGGGGCCUGCCAGGAGAUCCCACCUCCCUCCUUUGUGGCCCAAAAGUUUGUUUAAAAGAAGCUCAUUGGUCCGGUAAAGAUUGGCCACGAUGGGAUGACAUUCAGUAACCACACUGUUGCGUGUUAAAGAUUGUAGCUAUGCUGGCCCAUUGUGUAAAUGAGGCCCAUGUGCUCUCUGAUGACAUGCAAGUGGAGUUAUCUGAAGAGUCAACCAUUGUUGGCGGAACGUUGAAUGUUUGAUUCAAUCUCUGGAGUCCUUUUAGUUCUUUAACAUUUGUUUUCCUCUCUCACAGCAGUGCGAUAGUCAGUGACUGUUUGAGUGAUCUGCAGUUUAAACGCUGUAUACUGAUAGCAGAAGUACACACUGUAGCAACUACAGAUAUAAUUUCGAGUCCUUGGAUGAAAUUGAUUGAGGAAUGGCAGUGAUCCUUCAUACACAGCAGGUAUGCUGAAAGUUUCUUAAUGGCAUGGCCACGCCAAGCGGAAGUAAAAGUACAGGUAAUUUAGCCGCCCGUCCCAUUAUACCUGUGACGAGAGAGGCGCUAACUAACCUUGAACAAAGCCUUUAAGUAAAACAACCAAUUAAGGACAAUGUGGAGGUCAGUGCUUGGCAUUGUGACUCAAUUAAUAGCCCUCUAAGAAUAGGCUACUAAUUGAGUCACAAAGCUUGGUCAGAAUGAUGAAGUACAGCACGAGGGAGCAGCGCUUUGUUGAUUAUGCCAGAUUAUGGGAUGGUAGCACGCAAGGGGGGUAGCAGAGUCUAAAAUCUGCAUUUUCAAUACCAAUUAACUCACACAGGUGGGAAGCCACACUCUAAAUGUAUGUGGUUUAGAGUCCCUCCAUUCUAGCCCAUCAUAGACAGACAGACCCUGUGCCCCCAAACUGUACCUUUCUCCCUGCAAUGCCCACCAUUUGUCUCUCUGCAUGCAUGGGUGUGAAUAUUACAGCAUUGGUGUCUGUGUUCAACCCCUCGCCCA